AUGUCGCGUGGGCGGAGUCAUGUUUCCCGAUGGGAACGUGGAAAAUUGAAUUACAAGGCAGCGCCGCUCGUUGUCCUUCCAUUUUAUGCUUCCAUAUCCUAGGAUUUUGCCUAUGUAGCCCGUGAUCGCAAUACGCGCCGUUUUAUGUGCCAUGUGUUCCGUUGUGACACUCCAGCGAAAACCAUUGCCAAUACAUUAAGAGAUAUCUGUAAACGAUUAAUGAUGCAUCGAAGACCGGCAAGUUUGCAUGCAAUCGAUGCUAUACCAGAACGGCGGGUAAUUCGAAAUCGCUGGAUUCUGGCUGAUGUAGCGAUUGCACCAUCUACCAUAACCAUAUCAGAAGUAGGAGGAGGACAAAUUGCACAAUGUCGUGUGCGAUAUCUAUCCUUCCUUGGUAUUGGACGCGAUGUCAAGCAUUGCGCAUUCAUCAUGCAUACAUCAUCCGAGAACUUUAUGUGCUAUGUGUUUCACGUAGAACCGUCUGCAGCCGCUAUGGCAAAGACCAUUGAAGCCGCCUGCAAAUUACGCUAUCAGAAGGUGCUUGAUGCUCAUGCUGGACGAGCUCCUUCACAUUUGAAUCACCAUCACGACACUCCGUCAAUCGGCAAGGUUUCCAGAAUUUACUCUAUCGCCUCUACUCUUACUUUC